CUGCGCCGGCCGAUAAACAUGGGCCAGGCCCAUUCGAGGGGGGAGCUGCCUCCCAACCAGCGCAACCGUUUGCAGCGUCCCCAGUCCCUAAGACCGACCUUCUCCCCGCCGCCCAGCGACCAGGAACUGUCCGAGAUGAUCCAGCAGCCGACUUCCUCGCGACCCAUCUCCCAGCGCUUCUUGACUCCCCUCAGUAGCCUCCUCUCCAACCACCGCGAAUCCCCAGAUGCUGGCCCGUCUGGCCCCGAUGCAGCCCUAUCCCAGCUCAACGGCCGCCGUUCGAGGCUAUCUAGAGCCCGUUCGUCUAUAUCUUCCAUUCCCACUAUGCUACUCAAUCGCCGCCCCUCCAGUAGACUUGCUCGAGCCCGCUCGUCCCCGCUCGUUACCUUCGAUCCAUCGUCCUCGUAUAAUCCUACACCUCCAUCCUCGUCGUCUCUAACAACGUCGCCGCCUGCCUCCACCCAACACACCCCCACCACCAUCUCUGACGAAUCCGCCGCUGCGAACCGCUACCUGCCACCCAUUCCUGAUCUGGACCUUAACUUUGAGGGCUUGGCCAACCAUGCGCGGGCCGCAUCCCUUGCCGCUCUGUCGUCACGGCCGACUUCAUCAAGACGAGAAGGCAGGCCCUCCAUGCUGCCUACCUUCAGACCCGACCGGAGUAUCCGGAACAUGACAAACUCUCUUCGUAGACGACGCGGUUCACCUUCGAGACGCGAUGAAGACCAGGCAGCCACACUCUCGCGCCUGCUCUCUUACGCUGCUGCUGCAACCGCGGCCUCGCUCAUGGGAGAGGACCAUCAGGCCGUCGCGGACGCUCGCAGUGUUCCAGGUGAUGGCGAGGACGGCACGUUUGACAGCUUUUUGCAAGCAUUGCAGAACGGUAGAAUCGCUUCUGCACUGCGGCAGAGCGGGAGCAAUAAUGAGGAGGGAAUUGAUACCCUUGGUGGCAGUCCCCCACCGCUGAACUUCUUCAGAAUGUUCCGCUUCGGCUCGUCUAACUCCGCCCGUGUCAAUCAGAACAGACCUGUAUCCAACGCCAACUCGGACGGCGAAGAAGAGACCGAUGGUCGGAUGGUACCCAUUAUCAUUGUAGGGAUCCGGUCCAUCAAUCCAGGCAGUGGCAAUGAACGUGAGGAUAACAUCCCUCCUUUCUUGGACGCCUUGUCAAGCUUUCCCCCGAAUAUGACUUCUCCAGGUGAGGAGAUGAUGGACGGCAUGCUGCGGCAACCUCGGAACGGCACUAGAUUCAGUCAUCGACGGCGCGCUUCCAUGGGUGGUAUGAAUAUGAACAACCACUCAACUGCCUACGACAGUCAGAGACACUGGCGUUCGCCCGAACGACCACGUCCGUGGUCUACCGCUGCCGAUUCGCCGCCUGGCCCUCUUCCUCCCCCUUCAACGCCUGCGAGUUCGGGUUUAUCUGCUAUCUCUUCGGGUACAACUACUCCAAUCGCGGCCACCCCACCUUCUCCUACCAUCCAAUCGUCCACGUCUUCACGUCGCGAAAGCUUUGUACGGAGGACCACGGGAGCUAACUUGGAGCCAACGGUGGAGGAGCCCCCGGUCCAUCAACAGCGAACACCGCGUCAACGACGACUGAGCGACUCUGACUUCCCGACAAGAUUUGGUUCCGGUUCAUCUCGCAGAAAUGGUGUCGUUGAGCCUGAUAACAAUCCUGGUGAAGGAUCAAGGAGUUGGAUCAUCUAUGUUCUGGGCGGCAGCUACCCCGAAGACCACCCCAUUCUGACCACGCCGAGUCUUUUCACCGGAUCUCCUACAUACGAGGACAUGCUACUCUUGUCCAGCUUCCUUGGUCCCGUCAAACCUCCGGUCGCGAGCGAAGAAGAUGUUGCCGCUGCUCCGGGUCUAUAUCGCAUCAUCAACCACGUCGGGACCCUCGUCGCGCAAGCUGUUGAAGGCUCGGAACUUGUUGUUCUCCCCGAGGACGCACGCUGCCUCGUAUGUCUGGCAGAUUUCGAGAUCGACGAGGAGACUCGCAAGCUGGCCACCUGCGGACACAUGUUCCACCGGCCUUGCAUUGACCAAUGGUUGACGACCGGCCGCAAUUCUUGUCCGCUUUGUAGGAGUCAAGGUGUCGCUGAGAAAGAACCCUCUUCGCCCUUGACCGUAACGAACCCCGACUUGGAGGUGGAUAUGGGUGGUGACAGUUCUGGUCCGACUAUCACCGGGUGA